CCACGAGGAGAAAGCAAGAGAUAGAAAAAAAGACGUUUCAUUUCUAUGAUUUUUACACUUUUGCCUCUUUUUUUAUUUUGUCAAGACAGAUUCAUUUUAAGAAAAUUACAAUAAGGAAGAAAUUUUGCAUUUGGGUAUAUAACAAUAGCAAUCUAAUCUAAUUGCUUUGAUAGUUCGAAAUAAAAAAAAUGAUGUUUGUGAAACAAGGAAAAAAUCUGGCAUGUAGAAUUCUGACUAAUUUGACUGCAAAAUAAGACGAUUUGUUUAAGAAAAGCAGAUUAUCUCGAAGCAUUUUCCUAUUGAUAGAAUCAGAAAUGAUCAUGGAUAAAAUCUGAAAAGAUCCCUGAAAAAUGGCAGAAUUGAUCCCGUUUACAAGAACUGGUACAGAAAAUGCAGAAGGAAUUCUGUUGAAUUGGUUCUGAAGUUUUGAUUCUGGUUAUGAAUUUCCGUUUUUCUUCUGCAGAAUUCAUUCCGAUUGUUGUCUUGUGCUAAAAUCUGUCCUAUAUAGGACAGACUUUCAUACAAGACAACAGCCAAAAUCAAUUCUGCAGAAGAAAUAAAUAAAUUUUUAACCGGGAUUAGAACUGAAGAAGAGAUAAAUAAACAACCUUGUUCUAGAAUCAAAAAUGUAGAACAAAUUUAACGGAUCACUUCUGCAUUUUCUGUACCAGUUUUUGUAAACAGGAUCAAUUCUGUCAUUUUUUUGGAGAUCAAAUCUAUUUCUGUCCUAUGAUCAUUUUAUUUUCUGUGAUGAAACUGUUUUAUCCACUUUAAACAAUUUACAGCCUUUUUCAUAGGAAAAAAAACAAAUUAUAGUUCAAAAUUGAUGACUUUUGUUUUUUUGAGCGUUAAUUCAAUGGAACAUAAUGAUGGUUUUUAUGAAUAGGAGAAAAAAUUGUUUACAGUAAAAUCUUUCUGUAUAUUCGCAUUUUGCGUUCAUUUCUUACUUGUUUAGAAGAACAAUAUUAAUAUAAGUUAAUGAUCAGAGCACAUCUUUUUUUCUUCCUUCUUCUUCUAAGUCUCUUGCAGUGGAUUCUUAUUAAACAGAUCAGAUAGAGAUCAUUAACACUUUGUAUUCAAUUUAGAGUAUUAGAGUACAUGUUUCUUUAUUUCUUUUGUCAUUCGUUGAUCAUGCGUUUUACUACAAUUAAAGUGUGAAGAAAAGGAAGAGAUCAAAUUUUUAUUGAGAAGCUAUUUUGUCAUCAAGGGAAAUAUGACUAAUAAAGAACAUCGAGUGGAAACAAACGCUAAUUGACAGCCUUUCCUAACAGAUUUGUAUUCAGUGCGCGAAAAAUCGUUGACAAGAGAUUGGUAAAGUGAUCAUAUAUUUAUUAGACUAAAAUAUUUUUGAAAACCACAUAUUCUACAUUUUAAGACAUUUAUCUUUGAACUAAUAGAAUGAAAAAAUAUGGUCAAAAAGUGCAAAACUUUUCUUUAGAAUAAAAUUUUUCUAUUUUAGGUGAAAAGCCACAUAAAUGUAUUGUGUGUGGUAAAGCAUUUUCUCAGUCAUCAAAUUUAAUCACUCACAGUCGUAAACAUACCGGUUUUAAACCGUUUCAAUGUCAAAGAUGUGGUCGAGCAUUUCAACGUAAAGUUGAUUUAAGACGUCAUAUUGAUACACAACAUGGUCCUGAAUAUAUUAAUGAAAAUGUAGCAUUAGCUUCAACAACGAUCAAUUCUGAUAUCUGUAUACCACGUCAUUCAACACCAUCAACUGAACGACAACAAAAUGAUUCAACUACAAACAGCAAUAGUGAUCAUUCAUCUGUUGGUGAUUGUUCAUUAUCUAGUCAAAAACAACGAAUUUUAGAUCCGGUUGGAAUUAUUAUUCAAGAACUUGCUAAUAGAACCUAA